GGCUUAGACCUCAUAUGCUUCUGGAUGCCGAAGGAGAAAGUCUAAUUAAUGGAAAGCACACUUUCCCUGGGCCAGAGCCUCUGAAGUUCAGACCAUCCCCAAAGUGGCCUCUGACGAAAUUCUGAGGGACCCUGAGCAUCCUGAGUCACCAUGGGCAAUGAGAACAGCACCUCGGACCACCAGCAAGAGGACGCCAACUUGCAUAACGUCAUCCUAUGGCCUCCAAACCCUGAUCCUCUGCAGAGGACUUCAGCAGCUCAGAGUCCAAGUUCUGUGCAGCCACCUGGGGACAAGAAGCGGGGCGAUCCUUCUGGAAGCUGUGACGGUGGGGAUUUAUCCAGCACCGGGCUUGGAGGCUCCUGCUCCUCUUCUGAGAGUGCUGCCAGCCCGGAUCCGUGCAUCACGUCCCCAGGGGUGACUGAGCCGAGGAAGCACCCACAGGAAGCCAGGGGUCCAGAAGGAUCUCCACCGUCCAGCCCAACGCCGCCCUGGGAGCAGGAGUGUCCCUUGACCUCCAUGCCCUUCACCGCGUGCCCUCCAGAAGGCUGCUUGGAAACCCCAGCAGCAGCACCUGAAGAUGCUGUCACCCAGCACUCAAGCAGGGAACCUUCCCCAAGUGCUCCAGGGGACACCGUGGCAUUUACCCCUGAAGGGGACAGUAUGGCUGCCAUAGUCUCUAGCACUGGGGGAGACAAAGAAAUGAAGGCAGAGGGACAAAUUUCUUCCUCCUUCAGUUGCACUGACCACUUGCCAGGAAUUUCACCAGCACCUCCAGGAGAGCCAAGAAAGGAGCUACUAUGUGCAGAGGGUCACUUGGAGUCCCACGGGAAAGAGGGUGUAGAUGGCUGUUUCCCUUCAGAAUCCAGGCUGGGUGUGGCUUCUGGACAGAUAGUUCCCAAGGUCUCUGCUUCCGGCCCUCUAAGCAAGAAGAGCUCAGCUGGCCAAGUGGAAUGCCCUCCAAAACCUGAAACCAUGGUCCUGCAAGAUUCAGCUCCAAGAGUCUUGGACAGAGAAAAAGGGCAAGUAGAGGUGCCACCUCAGCAUUUAGCCAAUGAUUCGGAAUGCCUUAGCUCCUGCCAUUCCGCUGGGAGCAAUUCAGGGGCUGUGCAUGACGCUGAAGCUGCUGUGCCCCAGGAAAGCUGCCAGCAGCUGCAGAUGAAGGCACAUCUUCUCCACACAGAGCAGCCCUUGGACCCACUGAGUCCUGCCUCGGUGCCAGGGAAGGAAACUGUGGACGCCAGGGAUGCUCACAGUCACUUGCAGACCAGGGUGAAAGGUGGAGAGUCCCACCAAGUUGCCCAUGGGGCAACAGGCAUCCAGGUAGAUGUGAGUUCACUCGGGAGCCCUGAGCCCAUUCCACUUACCCUGGCUGAAGAGACACAUCCAGCUUCAAGCCUCACAUCACCCCCAGCCACUGAGAUGCCUGCUGCCACAGAAGGCCCCAGUUUGUUGGCCAGGGAGAUGGCUUCCAAAGCUGAGAUGCCAGUUUCUGCAGAUUUGGUCAAAGAGCUGGUGGAUGAAAGGUCGGCAGGACUGGAAAACUGGUCAUCAGAUCUUGGAAAAGAGCAAGAGUAUUUAGAAGCAAGCCCUGGAGAGGUUUCUGCCUCUUCACCCCAGGAGAGGGCAGAGCUCUGGAACUGGGAGCAGAGCCAUGCAGUGCCCCAAGAGGUGAUGCUGUCCCCUCCUCCUCCUGCUGGGGCUUCAAGUAAAAAGACUGAGAGCUCAGUAGGGCCAGAGGAGGGAACCAAGGUCCCUGAGGAUACUGGAAGUCCAGCUACGGCUAAAGAGAAAGGCAGAUGCCGUAGAGACAACCCUGCAGGACUGGAACAAGACAUAGAACAACCUGGUGCUGUGGAUCCUGGAAAUCUUGGGGCAGAAGAACCUCAAGCCUUCCCCUGCAAGCCCUAUCUGAAGGUGGACAAAGAUGAGGUCUCAAAGCCAAGUGAUGACUCAGAGAACGGGAUCCUUUCCAGCUCAGAUUCAGCACAGCCACCCCGAGAGGAAGACACUGGACACCUGGACAGGUCUGACGCUGGGUCAGCAGAUGCAGCAUGGCAGGCGGCGGCUGAAACCCAUGUGGCUGAUGCGGCCAUCUCAGCCCACAAACCCCAGCAGGAGGACCCCAUCCUGACCCCAGCACCGGAUGGUGCUGGUGAGCCUGCUGUUCCCAAAGAAACUGUCUGGGAGAAGCCAGGAUUACUGACCAAAUGUCUGGACAUGCUUCAGGACAGGGAAGGACUGGGGAAAACAGAGUCUCCUUCUGCUUUAAAACCUGAAAAAUCAGAUUUUCUGUCGAUUUUUACUGGAGAGGCUGUCACCAAAGCACAAGAGGUGGAGCACACUUUGGAAAUAAGGACGACAGGCUGCCCAUCCCCACAGAAGCCCUGCAGCUGUGACACGGAGGCCUUGUUGACUUCCCCAGGUCAACCUUGUGGGCCAGCGCAAGAUGCAGCUGGACAGGAAGUGUGUGCUGGUGUGCCACCUCCCCCUGACGGGGAGAAUGCAGCAGGGGACAGUGGGUUCACCACUCGCAGCCUGACGCAAGACUGUCAGGGAAGCCCAUCCUGCCCAGAGCACAGCUGGCUAAGAGGAGCUGCCUCAGAGUGUCCCCCACUACCUCCUGAAAACUGCCUCCAGCCAUCCCAGUUGGACUCUGAAGCGUCCAUCUGUGAUAUUCUCAGGGAGGUGGCGCAGCCGCUUGCAAGUGGGAAAGAGGUUUACUCAAGUGAUCCAGAGUUUAAGAACCAGGGUGCGGAGUCCUCCCAAACCCACACAUCUACAGAGCCUCGGGUGGAUGUGAGCUUGCCCACUCAGGGAGGAUGGGAACAGGUGUCUGGGUCAGAACUUCCAAGUGAGCACCCCAAAGGCAGUCUGUCCGAUGCUCCAAGUUCAUCUCCCAAGGACACAGUUCUGGAGAGUUCUCUACCAGUGGAGUCAGAAUUGUCAACCCCAGUAGGACAGAAGUUGCCUAUACUAGGGGAGAAUGAGCAAGCGGCAGCAGGCUGUGGUGGCCAGCCUCCUGCAGCAGACACCUUUAAAGACUCUUCUCUUGCAGGGAACUUGGGUGGGAAGGAAAGUUGCUGUGCUGGGCAAGGACCAAACAAGUCCCAGCAAGAGCUGGUUGGUGUUUUGAAAGCAGGCUGCCAGCAUGAAGAAGCAUGUUGCAAGGAUGCAGGAGUUUCUGAAGCAGCUAACGCCUGGCCCCUGCCCCAGGGUUUGGGUAAGUCAGAGAUGGCAAGUAGAAACAUAGUGGAGGCCUCGCCUUCUCCACCUGACUCAGUAGCUCUCCUAGAUGCAGCUCACUGCCUGCCGGCCCCAGCGUCUGCCAGCGCCAGUGUCACACCCACCCAGGAUGCCCCAGAGAAACAGGCAUGUGAAAAAAUCCAGGAAGACAGGCAGGAACCAGCGCCGGCCCCGCACCAGGGAACAGAGUGCCCAGCCACUAUGGAUGCAGAGGCCCAAAAGCUUCUUGGGAGUUUCCCAUCAGCUGGGAAGCAAGGGAGUGAAGCUGCAGCUGUCGAGAGCGGUAAAAAUGCCAGUGAAGGAGACCCCAGGAUGCUGCAGGCUCUCCAAGAACCAGAAGCUGCUCAGAGGGUGAGCUUCUUUCCAACCGAGCACUGCUUUAUGUCCGGGAAGCAAGCUUCUGCCUUAGCCCUGGGUGAGCCUUGCCAAGCUGAGCAGCUUGUGUCCAGCUGUGAGACUGCCUCACUAUCAGUCAGAGAACCGGCUGGGAUUCCCAAAAGUACUGUGGGUAUUUCCGCCUGCCAGGAUGUCCCUAACCCAAAGAGGCUUCUGCUAUCUGGGUCACAUGAAGAGGCUGAUCCUGACACCCCUUACCUGCAUAUUGAUGGUACUGCCAGACAAGAAGCAAAAGACAGUACAGCGAAAGCUAUUUCCUCUGAAAGUGCCCAGGCUCCUGAUGAAAGCCCCCACCCCAAAGAAGAGUCCCUGCUUGCCCUUGGAAAUGCCGCCUCUGUGCAGCUGUCUGCUGGCUCCCUUGCUUCAGGAGGUGCAGGUAGGGAAAUCCCUGCGGUGCAGCCCAGCAAUGAAAGCCCCGAAGCUGGAAUCACUGAGGGACCUGUGGCCUCCGUGCCCUACCUGGACAGGACGCCUCUCCUGGCCAAGGGUAAGCAGAUGGAAAGGGAGGACAAAGUGGCCACAGCUCCAGACCCAGGCGCCAGACCAUGUGAGAUUCCAGGGUGCCCUGCUAGUGAGGAUGGUACGGUGGCCGAUAAAGAAAGGGAGACAGGGGGCAGUGCGGAGAGGAUGGUAGAUCCUUCCCCGGACCCGAAGAGGGAUGUGUCAUGUGGUGUGGAUGCAAGCUCCAAGCGGACCAGCGUGAUCACCGGGCUCCCUGACUUCAGGGAGCACAUCACCAAGAUCUUUGAGCAGUCUGUGUUCGGAGCACUGGCCACUGAUCGGCUCCAGAGCGCUCCUGGAGAAAAGGCAGGAGCUGGGAAAAACGUGGUGAGCAAGGACCCUGCCAUACCACCGAACCCAGAAGAGUUUCUAGCUGGGACUCAAGCAGUGGCCUGUACCCUUCUCCCUGCUCCUCCUGCUGCACUCGUGGUGGAGAAGAAACAAGAACGGGAUGCUGAGGCUGAGAUUUCCCAUCCGGUUUCCCAGGAUCCAGCUCCAGACAAGCUGCUGGCUCUGGUGGGAUCAGCCUUAGAGCAGAACCUGCCAGGUGCCAAUGCUGAGCAAGAGAUGACUGGUAUCCCCCCAACAAUGAGAAGCAAGAGGCCAAAGGGGUGUGAGGGGGCUUGGCCAGGCCUGGAACCCCAGGCUCACUCACAGCUUGAGAAGAGUGGGCAGGAACUAGCUGCAGGUCUUCCCUCACCCCUGCUGGCCGGUCAGGGGAUCCCUAUAGAGGGAAUCACUGACUCCAGGGUAGCUCACCAGAGCAGUGGAGGAGAGGUCUUCGUCUUGGUUCAACAUGACAGCAUUCCUGCUGGAGAGCAGCACCAGGAAACAUCAGCCUGUGACAGUCAACACAAAAAAGAUGGUCCCCAGAACUCUGUUCAUACAGAGGGUCCAGAUAAUGAGCUAGGAUCAACCCAUACCCUUGAAGCCUCUUCUCCUGGUGGGGAUACGCUCAUUGUUCCUGAGGCUAACAGUGAGCCUGGGACCCCUCACACACUUGGGGAUGAGAAGAAGCCUGAGGCUGCUGCCACCAUCUUGGAAAUGCAAAAUGCCCUGGGCCACAAGAGCGCCCCCAAGCCACAGGCUGGAGAAGUGUCAGACACUCCCCUGGAGCCCAGCAGAGUGACAGGAGCUGCUGGAGAAGCUGAGGGUGACAUCACCUCACACACAGCUGAGACAGGGGCAUGUGCACCUGGUGACUUGAUUGAAACAGGUAGUACCAGCGUGUUCUCUGGCAUGCCUCAUGACUCAACACUGCCAGGGAGCUCUCAGGACCCAGAAUGCUCUGACAGGGCUCAGGCGAUGGAGGACGCAGCCAUCUUGCAAGGGGACAGCACAGCUGGGCACCAGGAGGCCAAGGAACAGCCGGGGCCUGAGCUCCCUGCUCCUGCUGGGCACAUGAAGGUGUGUGACUCCUUGGAGCCUGACAAAACCAGAGACCCGAAGCUGCAACAUUUGGAUCCAGAAGAGCUCCAUGCUGACAGGAGGAGCCCUGGGCCUGCCUCAGUCACCUUACCUUUGGAUCCUGAGGAUGCUCUGAGAGCUCCUGCAGAUGAGGCCAGAAAUACAGGAGGACUGAAAAGCUCACCUGUAACAGAUGAUGCCAUCCAGCCGGCUGCCCCCACAGACCCAGAAAACCCACCUGUAGCUACCUCUUCCCACUACAGUGCUGCCGCUGGUGUCUCUACGGAUCUGACAGCUCAGAGCACCUCCCCAGCUGCUGCCCGUGCGGGCCUUACUCCUCCGGCCCCAGGACACACGACUUCGCCUUCCGUCCCAGCUGGUCAUGGAGUAGAUGUUGGCAUUGCCUCUUGGCAGGAUCAGACCAAGCUUAUAAGCAGGAGUUCGGACUCUGAAGAAGCAUUUGAGACCCCAGAGUCAACAACCCCUGUUAAAGCUCCACCGGCCCCACCCCCACCGCCCCCUGAAGUUAUCCCAGAACCUGAGGUCAGCACGCCACCAGCCCCAGAAGAACCAGGAUGCAGUUCUGAGACGGUCACCGUCCCUGAUGGCCCCUGUAGCAACUCAGUGGAAGGAAGUCCUUUCCGGCCCCCACACUCCUCCUCUGCCGUCUUCGACGAAGACAAGCCGAUAGCCAGCAGCGGGACUUACAACUUGGACUUUGACAACAUCGAGCUGGUGGACAACUUCCAGAGCUUGGAGCCUCGCUCCUCAGACUGUAGGAACCAGGACUGCAAGGUGAACACGCGCAGGAAGUCUACAGAGUCUGUGCUCCCCUCCAAGUCCACACUGUCCCGCUCGCUCAGCCUUCAAGCCAGUGACUUUGACGGUGCUUCCUGCCCAGGCAGCCCCGAGGCUGUGGCCCUCGCCCCAGAUGCCUGCAGCACAGGGUCCAACAGCGCUUCUAGUACUCUCAAGCGAACUAAAAAACCGAGGCCACCUUCCUUAAAAAAGAAACAGACAUCCAAGAAGCCUCCAGAAACCCCCUCAGUGAAAGAGACCCAGCAAGAGUCAGUCGAAGAGAGUCCCGUCCCCUGUGAGGAGCAUCUGACAUCCGAGACAAAGACGGAGUUGGCCACUGCCGAGGGCUCUGGGUCCAUCCUCCCGGAGGAGACGCCCCUGGAGCCUGCUGUUGUGCCGCAGGCUGCCUCUCCUCCAGACCCGGACUGCGCAGAGGGUGCUUGUCCCCCAGCUUCCGGAGGUGGCAGGGUGCAGAACUCCCCUCCCAUUGGGAGGAAAACUUUGCCUCUUACCACAGCCCCCGAGGCAGUGGAGGUGACCCCAUCGGAUAGCAGGGGGCAAGAGGGCUCCCCAGCCAAAGGGCUCUCAGUGAGGCUGGAGUUUGACUAUUCUGAGGACAAGGGUAGUUGGGACAACCAGCAGGAAAAUACCCCACCUACCAAAAAGAUAGGCAAAAAGCAGGUUGCCAAAAUGCCCCUGAGGAGGCCAAAGAUGAAAAAAACACCUGAGAAACUUGACAACACUCCUGCCUCACCUACCAGAUCCCCCGCUGAACCCAAUGACAUCCCUGUUGCUAAAGGUACCUACACCUUUGAUAUUGACAAGUGGGAUGACCCCAAUUUUAACCCCUUUUCUUCCACCUCAAAAAUGCAGGAAUCUCCCAAAUUGCCCCAGCAGUCAUAUAACUUUGACCCAGACACCUGUGAUGAAUCCCUAGACCCCUUUAAGACAUCCUCUAAGACCCCCAGCUCACCUUCUAAGUCCCCAGCCUCAUUCGAGAUCCCAGCCAGUAUUGAAACCAAUGGAGUGGAUGGGGAUGGGCUCAACAAGCCCGCCAAGAAGAAGAAGACACCCCUAAAGACUGACACAUUUAGGGUGAAAAAGUCGCCAAAACGGUCUCCUCUCUCUGAUCCACCUUCUCAGGACCCCACUCCAGCUGCAACGCCAGAGACACCACCGGUCAUCUCCGCAGUGGUGCACGCAACCGAUGAGGAAAAGCUGGCGGUCACCAGUCAGAAGUGGACGUGCAUGACAGUGGACUUGGAGGCUGACAAACAGGACUUCCCACAGCCCUCAGACCUGUCCACCUUUGUAAAUGAGACCAAAUUCAAUUCACCCUCGGAGGGUAAGCAACUUGGUGGCCAGCUGGACCCCCACCCCGCCUUGGAGAAUACUGCCCCUAGGGAGCAAAAGGCCAGGACAGACACUUCUCAGCCAGAGUUAGAUUACAGAAACUCCUAUGAAAUUGAAUAUAUGGAAAAAAUUGGCUCCUCCUUACCUCAGGACGAUGACGCUCCGAAGAAACAGGCCUUGUACCUUAUGUUUGACGCAUCUCAGGAGAGCCCCAUCAAGUCUCCUCCAGUCCGGAUGUCAGAUUCCCCGACGCCGUGUUCAGGGUCCAGUUUUGAGGAGAGUGAAGCCCUGGUGAAUGCUGCAGCAAAAGCCCAGCAUCCUGUCCCACGAGGGCUGGCCAUCAGCCAAGAGCCACACUUGCAAGUGCCAGAGAAGUCUUCCCAGAAAGACCUGGAGGUCAUGGCCUUGGGGACCCCUUCAGAGGCAAUUGAAAUUACAGCUCCCGAGGGCGCCUUUGCCUCUGCUGAUGCCCUCCUCAGCAGGCUGGCCCAUCCAGCCUCUUUCUGUGGUGCGCUUGACUAUCUGGAACCUGACUUAGCAGAAAAGAACCCCCCAGUAUUUGCUCAGAAACUUCAGGAGGAGUUAGAGUUUGCCGUCAUGCGGAUAGAAGCCCUGAAGCUGGCCAGGCAGAUUGCCCUGGCUUCCCGCAACCGCCAAGACACCAAGAGAGAGGCCGCUCACCCACCAGAUGUCUCCAUCUCCAAAACAGCCCUGUACUCCCGCAUCGGGACUUCCGAGGUGGAAAAGCCUCCAGGCCUUCUGUUCCAGCAGCCGGACCUGGACUCUGCACUCCAGGUUGCCAGAGCUGAGGUCAUCACCAAGGAGAGAGAGGUCUCAGAGUGGAAAGAUAAAUAUGAAGAGAGCCGGCGGGAAGUGAUGGAAAUGAGGAAGAUCGUGGCUGAGUAUGAGAAGACAAUCGCACAGAUGAUAGAGGAUGAACAAAGAGAGAAGUCAGUGUCCCACCAAACAGUGCAGCAGCUGGUCCUGGAGAAGGAGCAAGCCCUGGCCGACCUGAACUCUGUGGAGAAGUCUCUGGCUGACCUGUUCAGGAGAUACGAGAAGAUGAAGGAAGUCCUAGAAGGUUUCCGCAAGAAUGAAGAGGUGCUGAAGAAAUGUGCGCAGGAGUACCUGUCCCGAGUGAAGAAAGAGGAGCAGAGGUACCAGGCCCUGAAGGUGCAUGCAGAGGAGAAACUGGACAGGGCCAAUGCUGAAAUUGCGCAGGUUCGAGGCAAGGCCCAGCAGGAGCAGGCGGCCUACCAGGCCAGCCUACGGAAGGAGCAGCUGCGGGUGGACGCUCUGGAGAGAACACUGGAGCAGAAGAAUAAAGAGAUAGAAGAGCUCACCAAGAUUUGUGAUGAACUGAUUGCCAAAAUGGGGAAAAGCUAACUCUGAACCAAAUGCCUGGACUUGACUGUUGGGUGCAAUAUGACCAUUGGCACACUGCUGUCCUUGAAGUUACAUGGACAGGUUCUGUUUUCACUUUUCGUAUGCACUACUGUAUUUCCUUUCUAAAUAAUGUUUGAUUUGAUUGUAUGCAGUACUAAGGAGACUAUCAGGAUUUCUUGCUAUUGGUUUGCAUUUUCCUAGUAUAAUUCAUAGCAAGUUGACCUCAGAGUUCCUGUAUCAGGGAGAUUGUCUGAUUCUCUAAUAAAAGACAAAUUGCUGACCUUGGCCUUGCCCUUUGUACACGAAUUCCCAGGGUGAGCAGCUUUUGAUUUAAUAUGAACAUGUACAGCGUGCAUAGGGACUCUUGCCUUAAGGAGUGUAAACUUGAUCCACGUUUGCUGAUUUGUUUUAAAGAAUGCAUGUUUCAAAUAAAAUCUUCUAUUGUAAAUAAAUUUUUUUCUUUGGAUCUUG